AUGCUUUUACAGCAGCAGUAUCAAAGUGCCCUGUUUUGGGCAGACAAAGUAGCUUCACUGUCUCAUGAGGAACCACAAGAUAUCUACUGGUUGGCCCAAUGCCUUUACCUAACAGCUCAGUAUCAUAGGGCAGCACAUGCCCUCCGAUCGCGGAAGUUGGAUAAGUUAUAUGAAGCAUGUCGCUACCUUGCAGCUAGGUGUCAUUAUGCUGCAAAAGAACAUCAACAGGCCCUGGAUAUUCUUGAUAUGGAAGAGCCAAUCAACAAAAGACUUUUUGAAAAGUACUUGAAGGAUGAAAGUGGAUUGAAAGACUCUACCACAGACUGGGAGAUGUCACAAUCCUCUAUCAAGAGCUCUAUAUGCCUUUUGCGAGGGAAGAUCUAUGAUGCUUUGGAUAAUAGAACCCUAGCAACAUACAGCUACAAAGAGGCCUUGAAGCUUGAUGUUUACUGCUUUGAAGCAUUUGAUCUUUUAACAUCGCACCAUAUGCUGACGGCACAGGAAGAAAAAGAACUUCUUGAAUCUCUACCUCUUAGUAGACAAUGUACAGAAGAAGAACAAGAAUUGCUUCACUUUUUAUUUGAGAAUAAAUUGAAAAAGUAUAAUAAACCUAGUGAAACACUGAUUCCUGAAUCAGUAGAUGGUCUUCAGGAGAACCUGGAUGUGGUAGUAUCCUUAGCUGAAAGACAUUAUUAUAACUGUGAUUUCAAAAUGUGUUACAAGCUUACUUCGGUAGUGAUGGAAAAAGAUCCUUUCCAUGCAAAUUGUUUACCUGUGCAUAUAGGGACACUUGUGGAGCUUAAUAAAGCAAAUGAGCUUUUCUAUCUUUCUCACAAACUGGUGGACUUGUACCCAAAUAAUCCUGUGUCAUGGUUUGCAGUAGGAUGCUAUUAUCUCAUGGUGGGCCACAAAAAUGAACAUGCCAGAAGAUAUCUCAGCAAAGCUACUACACUUGAGAGAACCUACGGACCUGCGUGGAUAGCAUAUGGACAUUCAUUUGCAGUUGAGAGCGAGCACGACCAAGCAAUGGCUGCAUACUUCACAGCUGCACAGCUCAUGAAAGGGUGUCAUUUGCCGAUGCUCUAUAUUGGACUGGAAUAUGGUUUGACCAACAACUCAAAGUUAGCCGAAAGGUUUUUCAGCCAAGCUUUAAGCAUUGCUCCUGAAGAUCCUUUUGUUAUGCAUGAAGUUGGAGUGGUUGCAUUUCAAAAUGGAGACUGGAAAACUGCAGAAAAGUGGUUUCUUGAUGCUCUGGAAAAAAUCAAAGCUAUUGGAAAUGAGGUAACAGUUGAUAAGUGGGAGCCUUUAUUGAACAACUUAGGACACGUCUGCAGAAAACUCAAGAAAUACGAAGAAGCACUGGAAUACCAUCGCCAGGCUCUAGUACUAAUUCCUCAAAAUGCUUCUACUUACUCUGCCAUUGGCUACAUACAUAGUCUAAUGGGCAAUUUUGAAAGUGCAAUCGACUAUUUUCAUACGGCCCUUGGUCUUAGGAGGGAUGACACAUUUUCUGUCACAAUGCUUGGACACUGCAUAGAAAUGUAUAUUGGUGAUUCUGAAGCCUACAUUGGAACAGAGAUCAAAGACAAAUUAAGAUGUUAUGACUUUGAUGUACACACAAUGAAGACAUUAAAGAACAUAAUUUCACCUCCCUGGGAUUUCAGAGAAUUCGACAUAGAAAGACAAACUCUGGAUGAAAGUGGCAUAGUAACAUUAGAGACAUCACAUCAAAGGAAAAGUACAGAUAUCAGUCGCCCAUUGGAAGAAGCAUUUGAGAUUGAAAUGAAUGAAAGUGAUAUGAUGUUAGAAACAUCAAUGUCAGACCACAGUACGUGACCGUAAAUGCUGCUAUAGAGCUCAUUUUGUCUAGGUGUAAUAUGGUUGUUUUAGCAUUUUUGUUAUGGUGAUAUACUUUCAAGAAUUUGCUAUUUUUAUAUGAAUUCAAACUACUACGCUGUACUUCACACCGGAGAAAUAAUGCUUGCCUUAAGGAUGAUUAAAAAGUAUACAUGAUGGACUAUUUCUACAAAAUGAAUCAUACACGAUGAAGUUAAAAAAUAAAUUUACUUUUUUUUU